GCUCAUCUCUAGAACCAACUGACGAGGCCACCGUGUCGAGUCACCAUGCUGGAAGAGGAGGACUACCAAGACCCUGGCUUCUUCAACAGCUCCACCGAGAGCAGGCAGGAGCACGAUGGCUUCCUGCGGUUCCAGGAGAUCUUUCUGCCCUGCAUGUACCUGGUGGUGUUCACUUGCGGCCUGCUUGGGAACUCCCUGGUGCUGGUCAUCUACAUCUCCUACCAGAAGCUCAAGACCCUGACGGAUGUGUUCCUGGUGAACCUGCCCCUGGCCGACCUGGUCUUUGUCUGCACACUGCCCUUCUGGGCUUAUGCAGGCUUCCACAAGUGGGUCUUUGGCAAGGUCAUGUGCAAGAUCCUACUGGGCAUCUACACUAUAAACUUCUACACGUCCAUGCUCAUUCUCACCUGCAUCACUGUGGAUCGCUUUAUUGCAGUGGUCCAGGCCACCAAAGCCCACAACCAGCAGGCCGUGCGUAAGACCUGGGGCAAGGUCAUCUGUGCGAUUGUCUGGACGGCUUCCCUCGUGGUUUCCCUGCCGCAGAUCAUCUACGGCAACGUCCAGCACAAUGACAAGCCCACCUGCAGCUACCAUGACGGAGAGGCCAUUUCCACCAUGGUUCUGGCUACCCAGAUGACUCUGGGCUUCUUCCUGCCGCUGUUUGCCAUGGUGGUCUGCUACUCUGUCAUCAUCAAAACUCUGCUUCGUGCUCGUGGCUUCCAGAAGCACAAGUCUCUCAAGAUCAUCUUCCUGGUAGUGGUCAUGUUCCUGCUGACCCAAACACCCUUCAAUAUGGUAAAGCUCAUCCGCAGCACGAACUGGGAGUAUUACAGCAUGACCAGCUUCAACUAUGCCAUCCUUGUGACUGAGGUCAUUGCGUACCUGCGGGCUUGCCUGAACCCCGUGCUCUAUGCCUUCGUCGGCCUCAAGUUUCGCAAGAACUUCCUGAAACUCGUGAAGGAUAUUGGCUGUCUCCCCUGCCUGAGGGUCUCUGGUCAGUGGAAGUCUUCUGAGGACAAUUCCAAGACAACGUGCUCAGCCUCUCACAACGUGGAGGCCACCAGCAUGUUCCAGCUGUAGGCGUGGAGACGUGCCUGGGGAAUGGAUCAGGGCUGUGUCUUCCGGAUGCGAUCCAAGGAAGGCUUUGUUCGUGCCUUGUGUGUUCUCGUGGGGAAGGACCAAUCACCUGCUAGUUAGACUGCCGCUGCUCAGACAUGAGUAUUUGCUAUUCUCACCUGGCACCCCACACCUAAACUUCCAGGAGGUAUUUUCUAAGGGCUUUCCUUCCUCUGUCCCCAAGAAUGUGGAUAGCAAGGGGAUGCUAUGUGCCAAGUCUUAGGAUCUUAGGUUCUGCUUGAGUGGGACCAAAGGUCAAAGUUGGGAAGGGGGUGAACAAAGCUGUUGGGAGCUAGGAUGUAAGAGGAUUCUUCUGACUACGGGACAGGCAGUGGAAAUGAGACAAGUCUGCCUGUAUGGCCCCUGCUCACUGCCAGGCACCUGGCAGCAGUGACGUCAGGCUCUGCCCACCUUGGGGUUGGCCUCUGCUAGAGGGACACAGAGAUGCAUUCCCUCUGACUGAAGGAACACUCGAAGGACUAUAGCAGCACCAAGGACAAUCAACUCCAGUGGGCCACGCAAUGCUAGAAAAA